AUGAGCUUUAACGCUAUUGAUCCUUCACUCUCUCCCUUAUCGGAUGAUGAAUAUCAUUAUAGUGAUGUAGAAAAUGAAGAAGAAGAUGAUGAUUAUCAAUACUCAGAAGAAGAAGAAGAAGACGACGAGAUAUUUGAACGAUUGCAUGGCUUUUCACAUUCGAAUGUGAAGAAACAGCAUGCUGCUGAUUCCAUGUCACCAUUGCAUCAUGGCUCUGCUUCGAAGAAGAAGCGAUUAAGUCCAAGUGGUUUAGGCAAUGCUGGGAAUCAACAACAACAGGAAUAUCAUGUGAUUGAUGAGGAGGAACUUUUACAAGAACAACACGCACUUAUUCAUGAGAUUGCACAGGUUUUGGAAAUCUCCUUGUCCAAGGCAUCAGUCUUGUUGCGGUAUUUUGGAUGGAACAAGGAAAAACUAUUUGAAGGGUAUUAUGCAGAUCCAGUAAGGACGAAACAUGAGGCUGGUGUCGAGUAUGCGGAUAAACAAGCACCAAUUGUACCAGAAGGAACCAAGAUGGACUGCAAUAUCUGUUGCGACAAGUAUUCAGCCAAUGAGGUGUUUGGCAUGGGCUGUGGACACGUGUAUUGCCUCAACUGUUGGAAGCCAUAUUUGUCACUCAAGAUCCAGGAAGGACCAAUUUGUGUGACAACAACGUGCCCUGCGCAUGGCUGCAAGGAGGUGGUGAGCGAACUGAUUUUUGAGAAGAUUGUAAAUUCUGACGAUUAUCGCAAAUACGCGCGCUAUUUGCUGAGAUCGUUUGUGGACAUUAACAAAGGCGUCAAGUGGUGUCCAUCACCAGGCUGCAGCAAGGCGAUCACUAGCGCCGGUGGAUUGUCGUCUGUGACGUGUUCGUGUGGGUGCGUAUUCUGCCUCCGUUGUGGCGAGGAAGCCCACUCUCCCGUAACGUGCGAGCAACUCGCGUCCUGGCAGGAGAAGUGUCGCAACGAGUCAGAAACAGCCAACUGGAUUCUGGCCAACACGAAGAAGUGCCCCAAGUGCUCUGUUCGCAUUGAAAAGAAUCAGGGAUGUAAUCACAUGACAUGCCGCAGUUGCAAUUACGAAUUUUGCUGGAUUUGUACAGAAGGAUGGGACAAGCAUGGAACGGGUACUGGCGGCUUUUACAAAUGCAAUCGGUACGACGCAGACGCAGAGAGUGCUGACACGGAUGCAGCACGAGCGAAGGCAGAGCUUGACAGAUAUCUUCACUAUUACCAGCGUUUUGCGAAUCACUCGGAAGCUGGUAAGUUUGCACAGCGAAUGCGUGAAGGCACGGAGAGUCGCAUGAUUGAGCUGCAGGCUAGUCAUGGUGAUUCGUCAUGGAUCGAUGUGCAGUUUUUAAAUGCAGCUACGGAACAGCUGAUUGAGUGUCGACGAGUACUCAAGUAUACUUACGUCUUUGGCUACUACCUACCGGCCGGAAAGGAGAAGAAUCUGUUUGAAUACUUGCAGGAAAAUUUGGAAAAGAACGCAGAACAUCUGACGGGACUUUCGGAGAUGCCGCUGGACAAGAUGAACCGCUCAGAAAUCAUCAACUAUACGCGCGUGACGGAAACCUUUCUACGCAACUUGCUGACGGGAGUGGAGGACGGUUUGACAUCUAGUGCGCAUUCGAUAUAG